CCGACUCGGAGUAGCCCUCAUCCCCCGUUCUCAGCAGCACGGCUGGACGCUGUCGCCGUUCUCCGGCGCCGAACAGUUUGGGGUUCCUGUCCGCCCAAAACACUAUUUAUUUGCAUGUGGUGCGUGUCCUUCAACUUACUGGAAAGUCUUUCGCUUUGUGGAAAUCGUUGAAGUGAACCUUUCACUCCUUUUUUUCACUCUCAAUCACCUUGCUGAUGUCAAGCAAUAUGAUCAGCGGUGUAUAUGGCGUGACCAUGCAGUGGAGCCCUGAGCAGUCCCAGUGGGCAGAGCAACACUAUGACAUCACCUCCACCACUCGUUCACCAGGGCAUAAGAUCGAAGCACUUAGGGAUCCAAGGCUAACAGGUUCGACCUCAGCUGCAGCGUAUCAACAUUCGUGGGCAAACGAUGACAUUUCAGCUCUGACCGCUUCUAACCUGCUCAAGAGGUAUGCAGAGAGAUAUUCUGCCAUUCUGGAUCUACCCUGUGAAAGUGGACUUAUUCCCAUUAGGGGACCUGGUGUUGUGAAUAACGGGCCGCCCUUUCUUAAUGGACGGAAGGUGGAGGCAGAGCCUUGGCUGGAGAGUGUCUACCCUCCGUUAGGUUGCGUCCCCGAGCUUCUUCCCAAAGUACCACUCAGUGUGACGGAUGUGUCUGUCAGUGCGUGUAACUCACCGGUUAUAGGCAGCGGGAGUCUUCCGGAUCCUUGUUUCUCCAGCAGCAGUUGUAACGGUCAGACUGGGAAUCAGGAGUACAGCAGCACUCCCUACAGCACUCCCUUCCUGCAGCCUGUAGGCACUUACGGUGGCUCUCUUUUCCACCCUACCCCUUCCCAUGCCAGUCUGGUAUCAACCUACAAUGUUAGCACCUCACCAAACCUAGCUGCAUACAGUUACCCUAACACCCGUUACCCCUCACAGGCCGUUCUUCCUGCUAGCUACAGUCCUCCCCCUCCUCCUUCGGCGUACCUACCUGCAGGUAUAACUGCUCCUAACCCUCUUCCAGCUGUGGGAUACUCAUACCCAGCCACCAGUGUCUCUGAAAGUGAUGCCCCAAGUGCUAGCAGCCUUUCAAAAUCAUAUUACCCAUCAACUCAAAGCGAGAUUGGAGUGUUUGAGGAGUUUGAUUUUGGCGGCAACUCUAAUUCAGACUCUAGGUCUGAAGGCAGUCCCCUAUACAGACCUUCAGGAGACGAAACGGUGGACAAGCAAAAUGGGUUCAACCGAUCGGCUGAUGUAACAUCUUCAUCCUUCAAGCCAGCUAAUCAUGGAGACUCUUUAAGAAGCUUGGAGACUCUCACGGUAGCCAUGAGCGGACGAAACAAUGAUACAUCCGGACAACACUUCCCAUCUACCUCAACUUCUGUUGUCACUUCUCAUCAACAUCUCUGCCUUGACACAAACACACCUUGAGCGGUUGUGCUCACACUCAACCAGAAGUGCUUGAGCUGAUGAAGUGUGAGUGCUCCUCCUAGUGGAUCGGAGGUAGAGGGACUUGCUCAAAGCCAUAGAGUUGGGGUUCAAUGCAAGGGCCUCAAAAUACAGGUGCAGCAGGGGAAUUCUGCCCAGGAGGUCUCUACAUUGGACAGGAGGAGAUUAGUUUCUCCAUUCUGGAAAGAGGACAAUGAUGUUUAUGCCCCUCCUAGCUGAGCUUAACAGGUCAUUGUGAGACACUGACCUCCUCACUCUGAUAGGAAUGGACAAACCAGUAUAUCCUCCAUGACGGACACAUAUAUCUGAGAGGGAUGGAAAGAGUUCGCUCCUUCAUUCCGAGAGAUAGGAGAGUACAUCAAGGGAAUUUAUAUGUCUAAUGGAUGUGUUGUGGCUGCAUUGGCGACAAGGAGUAACGGUAACAGAUGUGGUGGUUGGACAUUAGCUUCGGUUGACCAUAUUGCCAUGGUGUACAUUCUGAGUGUGUGUGUUUGUGGCCUUGUAAUGGUUAUUUAUGUG